AUAUACCUCCUUCCCACAUAGAGGAGGGAUGCGAGACAGAGGGAGGGGGAAUCCAAAGUCCAUAGUUGAGUAGCAGUUUUUUCCAUUGCUAUCGAAUGCUUCAACUUCUUCUACACAAUCUCCAAUCCAACAAGCAGCGCAUCAAACGGGUUCAUUUCAUUGUCCCCCAAUUCACUCCUUAUCUACCACAUUAUUCUCUGUUCUCCUCCGUUCCUGUUCAUCCUUCGCGUCGAUCUUCUCCAUCAGCUAUAAAACCCACUAACAUCCAUCCAAUUCCGAUUAACUUUCGAGGCAUUGCAAAAGAUGUGAUACCAGAUUGUUCUUAUCUCUUUGAUUGCAGCAGCGGUGAGACUUUGGCCAACUCUUCUCUCAAAUAUUUCAUUUUUAGGCUUUCUUGUAUCUCCCCAGAAACUGUUCGCAGAUUUUGGAGAGUUCAUCCGUUAAAACCUCAAGACGUUCUUGAAAUUCUUCUGGGUUUUCAAUGUGUCUGCAAUAAUAUUUGGCUUGAGGCUGAAAAGAUUGAUUCUUUGUGGGGGAUUUUUAGGCGGGCAAGCCAGCAGAAAAAGAAAUUUUCCAAAGCUCUUUUGAUAUGUGAGACUAUGCUUGCUAAGAACUUCACUCUUCCCUUGGAGGCCUCUGUUUUGUUAAUUCAAUGGCUUUGCAGGAAUGGAAACAUUGGGAAAGCUGUCUUUUUGAAAGAUAGUUUCUCAAGAGAACAACCCUCUGCGUUGCUUUAUGUGCACAGAGCUCUAAUACAUGGUUUAUGUCAGUCUGGGGCGGUAGGCAAAGCAUCAAGCCUCUACAAAGAGUUGCAUUUGCAUGGCCUUUCACAUGACAAAGAAGUGCAUAAUUCUCUAGCCCAGGGUUACGCAAAAGCUAAAAACUUCAAGAAAAUUGGAGAGGUGCUUGGUGUCAUGACCCGUAAGAACAUGGAUCUCACAGCUGCAAGUUAUCGGAAUUUAUUGAGCCUUAUGUUUGCAGAAAGCAAGCUCUGUCUUGCAUUGAGCUUGAAAAAACUUGUGAUUUCUCAGAACAACCUUCCACCUACACUGAUAUAUAAUAUACUGAUUUUCCGGAUGUUCUCCGCGGAUAAAGUCUCAUUUCUGAAUACAAUUUUACAUGAAAUACAAUCAAAGGGAUUGCCACUUGAAGAAGUCUCUAACAAUUUUCUCAUACAGGGGUUCUCCCAGUGUAAAGAUGUGACAUCUUCCUUACAAUAUCUGAAAGACAUGAUGCAAAAAGGUCUGAGGCCAAAUAACCGUAGUCUUAGAGAGGUUAUAAAGUGCCUUUGCUGCAAUGGGGAGCUUGAAAAGGCUUUGAACUUGAGCAAGGAAAUGGAAUUGAGAGGUUGGAAACUGGGUUCAGUCAUUCAGAAUGCUCUAGUAGAAGGCCUCCUUGCUCAUGGCAAACUCAGUGAAGCAGUACAGUUGAUGGACCAUGUAGAACUAAGAGACCUAAUUCCAGGAAACAUAAACUAUGAUGUUCUUAUAAAGAGGUUUUGUCAGCAUGGAGAAGUAGACAAAGCAGUGGACCUUCUGAACAUAAUGUUGAAGAAAGGGAAUAAUUCCCCCCCAGACAGUAGCAGUUAUGAUUACAUAAUCCAGAGUUUUUGUUGUCAUGACCUCUUGGAUCAAGCUCUGGACUUUCAUGCUGAAAUGCUAUGCAGAAGCCAUACAGCAAACAAAAACACUUGGAGUGCACUUGUCCAAUGCUUGUGCAGGGGACGGCGAGUUGCAGAGGCAGAAACAUUGCUUGACACAAUGGUUCAUAUGGGCGAGACCCCAACCAGGGAAAUGUAUUCCGCUGUGAUUAAUGGGUAUCGCUUUGAGAACAAUUCGAUCAAGGCAUCCCAAGUUUUACACAGAAUGCAGCAAGAUGGGUAUGAGCCUGACUUCAACACCCACUGGGCUCUAAUCUGCAAUUUGAGCAGUUCCAGUGGUAAAAACAAAUCUGAAGGAUUUUUAUCAAGAUUUCUUUCUGAUGUUGGAUUUUCUCGGAAUAACCCGAAUGCGAAGAAGGGGUGAUUUAAGAGCCCUUCUGUAUCAAGAUUGCGCACAUGGGGU